AUGUCUAAUCAAAACACCUCUUUGAUUAUCGGAGUCCUUGUUUAUCAUUUGAACAGCCUUUUAAGAAAUAAACUUCCUAAAGAGUAUAACACAAUUUCAACAAUUUUGGAUCCAAAAUCUAAAUUUACCAUCACAAAGGGUGGUUAUGAAUUCAAGAUAUAUGUAUGUAGUUUUGGAAGAAAGAGUGAGUUGUACGGUCUUAUAGUCUCGGAGACUUCCUGGGUUGGUCCCGUAAUGUCAAAAGAAAGGAUACAAUUUACAUCUGUAUUGGUUGUAUUCAGUUCAGUUGUUAAUAAGAGCAGGGCAAUUGAAUCCCGUGUAUACCAUGGAAUUGGUAUUAGUAUCCAGGCUGAACUCGUUACUACUGCUAUUGCAUUCCGUUAUAACUGCAGAGUACUUCUGGUUAAGGGUCACUUGUUACCAAUUACCAAUUAG